GUGUAUAUAAGUAGUGAAGCACAUGUAACAGCCUCCACCACCACAAUCUCUUAUACAACAACGAGCAGCCUCACAGACAAAGACUUGGAACCAUGGAGAACCUUGGAAGAACCACAAGUGGUGAUGACGUGAUUGCACGGUCUGGGACGACACUACUCGGGCAUGAUCUUCUACAGCAUGGAGGCUUAGAGCAGCAGCACAGGCAAAGACUUGGUUCCAUGGAGAAUCUUGAAGAAACGGCAAGUAAUGACAUCGUGAUAGAGAACAAUGAUCUUCUUGAUUGUCCCAUUUGCUUCCACGCACUGGCGACUCCUAUCUUUGAGUGUUUAAAUGGACACCUAGCGUGUAGCACUUGCUGUGCUAGGCUGAUGAAGAAAUGCCCUUCUUGCUUUUUGCCCAUGGGUGACGAACGAUGUCUUAGAAUGGAGAAAGUUGUGGAAGAAGUCAAGCAGGGCAAAAAGUUAGCCCAUGAGAAGGCUAGUGACUCUGAUGUGCUCUAUUGUCCAGCACCAAACUGUGAAUACUUAGCUAAUUACAUGGAUCUCUACCGUCAUUACACUGCUUGCCACAAGGCUAGGUGCUCAAGGUUCAGGCCUGGCCAGUACGAUGACGCAUGUGUAAACAUCAUGCAGAAGUAUUUAGUCCUUCAGGAGUAUGAUGAUGGUCCAUUGUUUGUUCUUCAGUGCUUCAAAGGGGCACAUGGAUUGUCUGUUGCUCUCAACUUAAUGGCACCUUCUGGUUUAGGAGUUCGGGAAUUGGGCUAUGAUCUCAUCUACCUGAGGGGAAAUGAAAAGAUAGUGCAUAAAUCCAACGAGAUGACUAGGAUUCAAAGAGUCAGCUUCGAAGCUCCUGUGCUGAAUUAUAUGUUCAUUCCUUAUUUUGCCCUUGAUGAAAGCUUUGUAUUGAAGAUGGAAAUUCGCAUUCGCGGAUCAGGAGGAGAUGAUGAGGAAGAACAUGACGAGCCGAUGAAUGAUGAGGAUGAAGACGGAGAGGAGUAGUUAUCAUAUUGUCUUUGUUGUAGUAGGAAGGUCAUUGAGUUCAUAUAUCAUUGGCCUAGUAAUGUAUUUUCAAAGUUUAUUUGCGAGAUGCAAGACUAAAAUAUAUUUGUGAUCAUAGAUUAAAUAUAUAUUUUGUUGAAUUUAUGUGUUA